CUCGACGUGACCGACGGUUGACGAUCAGUUCUUGCACACCCCGCAAAGAUGGGUCGCAAGACGGAGAAAAAGACGGCUAAAGGUCGUCUCGACAAGUUCUAUUGGCUCGCCAAAGAGCAAGGGUACCGGUCGCGUGCCGCCUUCAAGCUGGUACAGCUCAACAAAAAGUACUCCUUCCUCGAAAAGGCACGAUGCUGCAUCGACCUGUGUGCUGCGCCCGGUGGUUGGCUCCAGGUGGCCAGCAAGCACAUGCCGCAGGGUAGUCUCAUCGUCGGUGUCGAUCUCGUCCCGAUCAAGCCCAUCCCGCGCUGUGUCACAUUUGCAGAAGACAUCAACAGCUACAAGUGCAGGGACCAGCUUCGACAAGAGCUCAAGGACUGGAAGGCUGACGUCGUAUUGCACGAUGGAGCCCCAAAUGUCGGUACCGCCUGGAUCCAAGAUGCCUACACGCAGAACGAGCUUGUGCUGCAGUCUCUCAAGCUUGCCGUCGAGUUUCUCACGCCAUCCGGCUGCUUUGUCACUAAGGUCUUCCGUUCCAAAGAUUACAACUCGCUUUUGUGGGUAUUCAAUCAGCUCUUCACCAAAGUUGAAGCAACCAAGCCUCCCAGUAGUCGUAACGUUUCGGCAGAAAUUUUCGUCGUCUGCCAAGGGUUCAAGGCGCCAAAACGUAUCGACCCCAAGUUUCUCAAUCCGAAAUACGUGUUUAAGGAUCUGAACCCAGUGAGCACCACCAGCAUCAGCGGGGCCGUGGACGAUGCGGUCAAGGAGGGCGCAAAUCCGGCCGCCGCAGCUGCAUCGUCAUCCGCCAACCUAGCAACCACGUCCAAGAUGCUCGCUUCUACCGCCAGACUAGCUCACAAUGCCCAAGCAAACGUAUUCGAGCCAGAGAAGCGCAAGCGCAAGAGGGAGGGAUACGAUGAGGGCGACUACACACUCUUCAAGACCAUUCCCGCGCGACAAUUCAUCGAGAGCAGCGAUGCUGUCGGUAUGCUCGGCACGUUCAACAAGAUCACUUUCCCGAGUUCGAAGGAUGCUGCAAUCUCAAACAUAGACAGAGCGAUACUCAACAAUGAGGCGACUACCGCAGAUAUUCGGGUCAACUGCGAGGAUCUGCGCGUUCUCGGCAAGAAGGACUUUAAGAACCUGCUGAAAUGGCGUCUGACGUUACGAGAGGAGCUUGGCCUCGAGCUGUCGUCGAAAGCCGCCAAGGCUGUGGAGACUAGCGCCGCAGCGGAUGCGACUGCUGAGGGAGAGAGUGCAGAGGUAGCCCAUGUGGAUGAGGUGGACGAGGAGGAGCUGAUCGAUUCAGAGCUUCAACGCCUGAACGAGGAGCGGCUUAAACGGCAGCGCAAGGAUCGGAGAAGGAAGAAUGAGAUCCGCAAAAAGGAGACGCUCAAGCUGCAGCUAAAGAUGGGCACCCCGAUGGACAUUGGCAUGGAGAUGGACGAUCAGGCGCUCGAUGGCGGGCACGAAUUCUUCGACCUCGGCGAGGCAGAAGGCCGGCGCGGUACGGACCGCAACAAGCGUCUCGCCGCUGCAUACCUGGUCGAUGCAGCAUCCAAUGAAGACGAAGAGGAUAUGUCCACAACCCUCUCGGCCGGCGGCAGCUCCUCGCAGCAAGAUGUCUUCGCCGAUGCUGGUGACGGCAAGAACGAUGACGAGGACGAAGACGAAGACGAAGACGAAGACGAAGAAGAGGAGGAGCAGAGACUGGCUCGACUAGAAUGCGAGCUUGACUCGAUGUACGAUCGCUACAAGACCGAUCUGCAGGAGCGCGACGCCAAGUUCCGCACAAGCGAGGCGCGGCGCAAAGCGGGCAACUUUUCCAAGGAUGACGAGGAGUGGUACGGCAUCAAGGAGAACAGCGACGGUGAGAAGGACGACGAGCAUAACUCCGGUGAUGAGAACGAGAGCAGCGAAGAGGAGGGUGGGUACGACAAGGUCAUGCAGCGCAAGGAGAUCGAGGAGACGUACGAUACCGAGGAUGAGGAGGACGAUGAGGACGAACGCGAAGCUGCCGCUGCCAAGGCGCGAGUUGCUAGGCGCAGGAAUGGCACCAAGCGCACCAGAUUCGAAGCACCAUAUGAUCAGGACGACGGUGAGGAGGUUGCCACUGGCUCGCUCGUCACCGACCUGGAAGGCUUCAAGGCAAAGAAGGAAAGGCUCAGUCGCGAGGCUAGCAUUUGGUUCGACAAUAGAAUCUUCAAGGAACUCAACCAGUUUGACCAAGAGGAGGAUGAGGAAGAGGAGGAAGAUGUAGACGAGGAGAGUGAUGAGCCAUCGGAAGAGGAGAACGACAGCGGAAGCUACAGCGAGGACUCGGAAAGCGAAGCUGAAGAGGGCGACGAUGGAGAAGAUGAAGACGACUUUGAGAUCGUGCCACAAGAGCCGGAUGCUGACUUUGGCGACCGCGAAUGGGCGUUUGAGGAUGACGACGAGGACGCUGCGAAACGCGAAAGGGUGGCUCGGCUUGGUCUCACGACUGCCGAGGCUGUGACAAUGGCUCAGGCGCUGGUCAACCGGCAGGCGACCAAGGCGUCGCUACUCGACGAUGGGUUCAACAAGCACAACUUUGUCGACAAGGACGGCCUCCCGACGUGGUUCUUGGACGACGAGGCCAAAUUCUACAAGUCCAACGUGCCGAUUACCAAGGAGGCUGUUGCGGCUCUGCGCGCGCGGCAGCGCGCGCUGGAUGCGCGCCCGAUCAAGAAGAUCGCGGAGGCCAAGGCGCGCAAGAAGUACAAGGCCGCGCAGCGCCUGGACAAGGCGCGCAGGAAGGCCGAGGACGUCAUGGCCGAGGACGACGAGCUGAACCAGAAGGAGAAGGCGGACAACAUCGAGAAGAUAUUGCGCAAGGGUGCAAAGGUGCAAAAGAGGAAAGAGGUCAAGGUGGUCGUGGCCAGAGGCGCCAACAGGGGUCUCAAGGGUCGGCCGAAGGGCACAAAGGGUCGGUACAGGAUGGUCGACAGUCGUGGCAAGAAAGAGUUGCGUGCGGAGAAGCGCCGCGACAAAGCUGCUGGCAAGAAGGUAUCGAGCUCGAGCAAUCGCAGACGAACGCCAAACGGUUACUCGAAGCGAUAGCGGUUCCACCCCGCAUAUUGUCUCCCCUCACAUCACAUCUGUACCAUACACUACGAGCAAGGGGUCUGCGCUCCGUUUCGUUCAGUUACUACGUAGCCAGCAGCAUCUUGGCAGCGUGCACGUCCUUGCAAACGCGAGGCAUGCAGACGAGCCUCGCCUCGUCACCAUACUCUAGAAUGCAAGCGAUCUGAAUGCAGCGUUCUCACCGACUUCUGUGUCGCAUCACCCAUGCCGCCGAGAAACGAGGCGGAUGGUCUGGGUCAUGCGCGGACCUGCAUUACCUCGGCGGCAGGCCGCUUGAGGAAGUGGUAGGCUGUAAGUGCCCUCCAUAGCAGGUUGCCAUGGCUGCAAGACCACGUUUCGGCGGACAUUCAACGAGUAUCUAUGGGCGUUUGUCGGAGUUUGACACUUAUCAGCAGCAGCGAGAAUGGCGUCUGAAUAUAGGCCUAGGCAUUGCGGCACCGCCAGACG